AUGGCGUGGCGAUCUAGCGAAGAAACGUUUUAUGAUGCAUUGUCGUAUAAAGUGAAACAUUCUAAGCGAGUUUUCUUUCUAGUAUGGCGGGGAAGUAUUUACAAACUGGUUUGGCUCGACCUGCUAGUGUUUCUGCUUUUGUAUUAUGUACUCAAUUUAACAUAUCGGCUAUUAUUGGACGAACAUUCCAAAAGAGUGUUUGAAGGUGUUGUAAAUUACUGCAGUUUCCACGGGAAUGUGAUCCCUCUGUCGUUCGUGUUAGGGUUCUAUGUUACUGUUGUAAUGAACCGCUGGUGGAGUCAAUACACAACUAUACCGUGGCCCGACUCUAUUGCCGUUUUCGUCUCCGCCACAAUACAUGGUCAGGAUGAGCGCGGGCGUCUGAUGCGACGGACUAUAGUCCGCUACGUGUGCCUCUGCCUCACCAUGGUGCUCACGAUGAUCUCACCCAGAGUCAAGAAACGGUUUCCUACACUGAAUAACUUCGUCGAGGCAGGUCUCCUUCUAGAAAAUGAAAAAAAUAUACUCGAACAUUUGAAUGGCAAGUUUCCCAAACCAUCAAAACACUGGUUACCAAUAGUAUGGGCAACCAGUAUCGUGACCAGAGCCCGCAAAGAGGGUAGAAUAAGAGAUGAUUUUGCUGUAAAAACGAUUAUAGACGAAUUAAAUAAGUUUCGGGGCCAAGCUGGGCUACUCCUCAGCUACGAUACUAUAAGUGUACCUUUAGUGUAUACACAGGUAGUUACCAUAGCAGUAUAUUCUUAUUUUAUAACAUCUGCCGUGGGCAGUCAAUGGGUGGACAAUAAGUUACAAUCUCCAAGCGAUUCAACGCAAAUUAGCAAUAUAGACUUGUACUUUCCAAUAUUUAGUACGCUAGAAUUUUUCUUUUAUAUGGGGUGGCUUAAAGUGGCUGAGUCACUGAUUAACCCCUUCGGUGAAGACGAUGAUGACUUUGAAGUGAACUGGCUGAUAGACCGUGAUUUACAAGUGUCGUAUAUGAUUGUGGACGAGAUGCACCAUGAGCACCCUGAGCUUAUCAGAGAUCAGUAUUGGGACGAGGUGUUCCCAGCAGAGCUGCCGUACACGCUAGCUACUGAGAACCAGCGAGAGGCGCAUCCUGAGCCGUCGACCUCACGCGUUGCGGUGCCACUACGUCAGCGGAGCAUGGUGCUGUCUGCGCCUUCUAACGUCAAGAUCGACGAGAUGGCCCCGUCCAACACCGUGAGUUACAAGUUCGACCCACCAGAGCAACUACAGAUGAAUGACGAUGCUGUUUCGGGCAUUCAUUUCAUCGUUAACCGCGGAAGUAAGCGUGGAAAGCGCGAUGACAGAAAUUCCAUGGGUUCUACGAACUCUAUGGCGUCACUGCAGCAGACACCAAUGACAAGAACCAAUUCCGUUACAUCAAUGUUAAAGAGACUCUUCUCCAAAGACGAAUCAAAAAACACGAAUCCUGGCUCACAGACAGAUGGUGGAUCGCGUUUUACAAUAUCCGCGAGUAAUCCGACCUUGAAUAAACCAUCCACGGCUGGCGGGAGUAUGAAAAUUGCCAAUGAGAUCAUUGAGGAAGUGGAUGAACAGGCCACGAUCACAAGCAUGGGCAAACGACCAGAAAAUAGGCCUACAGCAAUGAGUUUGUUCCAAAAGCCUCCAGUGCCGAGUGAACCCGUCAACGUUCCGUCCAGAAACUCCAACGUAAACAGCAACAACUCACACACAAGGCUGUCCUCGUCAGCUCCAACACCGUGGGGGGCGAAACCCCGUGAAGCAGGAGACUUGAGUCCUACUGCACAGUCGCUCACUACGCAAGACUCGUUCAAUUUGCCCAACGCGCGGUCGAGACUAGACAGUGAUGUCGGACCGUCCUUGAGUGCUGCUGGGAGCCAAACUUUGUUAGACGAGGUGGACGGUGAUGGUGCUGACACCGAUAUGGAUGACUUUGACCGUUUGCGUAGCACACGAGAGCAACAUCGUCGAGAAAAGUACCUACAGAAACUUAUGGCCCGCUCUGUGUCCGCACAACAGCGAACAGGGAGCAUGGAAUUGGUUGAUAAUGACCUUUUAUUAGAAGAUCUACUAACACAGUCAUCAUCGCUGAAAAAAGAAGACAAAUCAAAGAGUGAAUCCAAAGAGAGCACUUGA